GAGUCAUAAUAUGGUCUCUCUCCCCCGGUGUUAUCUAGCCCCUGUCUGAAGCAAAUGUUCCAUUCCAAUAUGUUUUGCUCCAUCUCUUUCUCUCUCAUUAACAGGCUGGCAACAGUAACGGUUUGUAAUUCUCCCAGGGGAGGGGGACAUGGGCAACCCUGCACCCUUCUGCCCAUCAGAGCUGUUCAUCCUUCGUAACAACCUGUUCCAGGCCUGUUAAACCAGUUGCGUGAGAGUGCAGAUGAACUCGAUUGAACCCAGAGGAGAUCAAAGUUCCUAUCGACAGUGAUUUGCUAGCUAUUAAAAUGAAUGCCUCUCCAUAUAAAAUUCACUGUGCACAUCUUGUCACUGGCUAAAAAUGCACAGUACAAGAUUUAUGUGCACACUGGUCAUUACAAAUUAGGGGGGACAUUGGUGGGUAGGUGAGGAGACCUCCAGUGUCCUUGAGGCCCUCACCUACAAGAUGUGCAUCCAGCUGCAGCUUGUAACCCUGCACUUGAAGGAGUUGGAACUUGAAAUGGAUGAAUUCUGGAUCAUCCAGCAGUUGGAGGGCGUGAUAGAUAUUACAUGAAGAAAGGUUGAAAAUGAGAAGGAAUUUCUCUCCAAGACUCUCAAACACAGCACACCAGUUUUGCAGUCUCUGACUAGAUACUUAAGAAGUGGAGCAAGAGAUUCAAUAGACCAUCUGUCCUUCACAGACUGUGGGGAGGGAUUCACUCGGUCCUUUGGCCAACUAGCAUGUCUGUCAUUUUACGCAGGGGAAAGGCUGUUCACCUGCUCAGACAGUGGGAAUGGAUUGACUCGGUUAUCUCGAUUGAAGGUACAUCAGCAAGUUCACACUGGGUAAGGCCAUUCACCUGUUCCGUGUGUGGGAAGGGAUUCAGUCAGUCUUCCCACCUGUGCACACACCAGUCAGUUCACAACACACCAGGCAGAGGCUGGUCAUCUGCUGAACUUCUGGGAAAGGAUCCACUCAGUCAUCUGACCUAAUGGCUCAUCAGCGAGUUCACACUGGGGAUAAGCCGUUCACCUGCUCAGAUUGUGGGAAGAGAUUCAUUCAUUCAUCCAACCUACAGAGACAUCAGCGAGUUCACACUGGGGAGAAGCCGUUCAUCUGCUCAGAAUGUGGGAAGGGAUUCUCUGAUUCAUCCAGCCUACAGAGACAUCAGCGAGUUCACACUGGGGAGAAGCCGUUCACCUGCUCAGAAUGUGGGAAGAGAUUCACUCAGUCAUCCACCCUACUGAGUCACCAGCGUGUUCACACUGGGGAGAAGCCAUUCACCUGCACAAUCUGUGGGAAGAGAUUCACCCAGUCAUCCACCCUACUGAGUCACCAGCGUGUUCACACUGGAGAGAGGCCAUUCACCUGCUCAGACUGUGGGAAGAGAUUCACUCAUUCAUCCACCCUACUGAGUCACCAGCAAGUUCACACUGGGGAGAGGCCGUUUACCUGCUCAGAAUGUGGGAAGGGAUUCAUUGAUUCAUCCAGCCUACAGAGACACCAGCGAAUUCACACGGGGGAGAGGCCGUUCACCUGCUCAGAAUGUGGGAAGGGAUUCAUUGAUUCAUCCAGCCUACGGAGACAUCAGAGAGUUCACACUGGAGAGAGGCCAUUCACCUGCUCAGAAUGUGGGAAGGGAUUCAUUCAGUUAUUCCACCUACAGAAUCAUCAGCGAGUUCACACUAGUGUGAGGCCGUUCACCUGCACAAUCUGUGGGAAGAGAUUCACACAGUCAUCCACCCUACUGAGUCACCAGCGAGUUCACACUGGGGAGAGGCCGUUCACCUGCUCAGAAUGUGGGAAGGGAUUCAUUGAUUCAUCCAGCCUACAGAGACACCAGCGAAUUCACACUGGGGAGAGGCCAUUCACCUGCUCAGUCUGUGGGAAGGGAUUCACUCAGUUAUCCAACCUACUGAGUCAUCAGCGAGUUCACACUGGAGAGAGGCCAUUCAGCUACUCAGUCUGUGGGAAGAGAUUCACUCGGUCAUCCGACCUACAGAGUCACCAACGAGUUCACAUUAGGGAGAAGCCGUUCACUUGUUCAUUCUGUGGGAAGGGAUUCACUGAGUCAUCCACACUACAGAGUCACCAGCGAGUUCACACUGGAGAGAGGCCGUUCACCUGCUCAGAUUGUGGGAAGAGAUUCAUUCAUUCAUCCAGCCUGCAGAGACAUCAGCGAGUUCACACUGGGGAGAAGCCGUUCACCUGCUCAGAAUGUGGGAAGGGAUUCAUUGAUUCAUCCAGCCUACGGAGACAUCAGAGAGUUCACACUGGAGAGAGGCCAUUCACCUGCUCAGAAUGUGGGAAGGGAUUCAUUCAGUUAUUCCACCUACAGAAUCAUCAGCGAGUUCACACUAGUGUGAGGCCGUUCACCUGCACAAUCUGUGGGAAGAGAUUCACACAGUCAUCCACCCUACUGAGUCACCAGCGAGUUCACACUGGGGAGAGGCCGUUCACCUGCUCAGAAUGUGGGAAGGGAUUCACUCAGUUAUCCAACCUACUGAGUCAUCAGCGAGUUCACACUGGAGAGAGGCCAUUCAGCUACUCAGUCUGUGGGAAGAGAUUCACUCGGUCAUCCGACCUACAGAGUCACCAACGAGUUCACAUUAGGGAGAAGCCGUUCACUUGUUCAUUCUGUGGGAAGGGAUUCACUGAGUCAUCCACACUACAGAGUCACCAGCGAGUUCACACUGGAGAGAGGCCGUUCACCUGCUCAGAUUGUGGGAAGAGAUUCAUUCAUUCAUCCAGCCUGCAGAGACAUCAGCGAGUUCACACUGGGGAGAAGCCAUUCAUCUGCUCAGAAUGUGGGAAGGGAUUCACUGAUUCAUCCAGCCUACAGAGACAUCAGCGAGUUCACACUGGGGAGAAGCCGUUCACCUGCUCAGAAUGUGGGAAGAGAUUCACUCAGUCAUCCACCCUACAGAAUCACCAGCGAGUUCACACUGGGGAGAAGCCAUUCACCUGCACAAUCUGUGGGAAGAGAUUCACACAGUCAUCCACCCUACUGAGUCAUCAGCGAGUUCACACUGGAGAGAGGCCAUUCACCUGCUCAGACUGUGGGAAGAGAUUCACUCAUUCAUCCACCCUACUGAGUCACCAGCAAGUUCACACUGGGGAGAGGCCGUUUACCUGCUCAGAAUGUGGGAAGGGAUUCAUUGAUUCAUCCAUCCUACAGAGACACCAGCGAGUUCACACCGGGGAGAAGCCAUUCAUCUGUUCAUAAUUUGUGAAACGAUUCAUUGAUUCAUCCAUCCUACAGAGACACCAGCGAGUUCACACCGGGGAGAAGCCAUUCAUCUGUUCAUAAUUUGUGAAAGGAUUCACUCAGUCAUCCCAACUACUGGCACACCAGUCAGUUCACAAUGGGGAGAGGCCGUUAUUAUGAAUCCCUAGGUUUUGUUUGCUGUGGACUGUCAUUUUAAGAGAGAGAGACAGAAAUUAGGAUGGUGAGUCAGUCUGACUUGCAGGUUGUUUAACUUGCUCGCAGCUUGUUUAGUUUUAACUGAGGACAGAGACACUCAGAUGGAGAGGAAGGAGGAAAAGUGGAAGGAUUGGAACCGGGGAACUAGUGGCUGAGGGUCACUGUUUGGAACUUUCCUGUGACCACAAGUGUGGGUUAAUUAUCGAUUCACCAUAUAUCGAAUGUGUGGUUAUCACCUCGUUUGAUCCAUGGGUGUGGAUCGGAUUUGGCAUAUCCUGUGAAGACCACUUAUGUGUUAACCCUUGUCUGGGUUUGAUGUGAUAAUUCAUUUGAAGAUGAUACCCCUUGUGACAAGUCACUUUCAGUGAUAAUUUGUAUGUGGAUUUGGAACGAUGAAGCAUAAAAUCUACAGCGACUGUUGUCUCGUUUUACCACGGUGGAGCCUGUGGAAUUCGACAUAUUUGCCUUCUCUCGCCAUUUACCCUGGAUUACAAAUAUCACUCUCAUCAUCUAUUCUGUGGUUGUACUGAACUUUCAUACUCUAACACAUCAAGACUUGAAGCCUUGUUUCCCCCAAGCUUAAUAGUUUGGAAGUUAUAUUUACACACAUAUAUACACAUAACUUCUGAUUAUCUUGCUUAAGUUACUGUAUUAUAACUAGAUUCUAAUAAAGAUCCUUUUAUCGUCAAAAACUGUCUUCAGGUGUCGUCUAUUGCUGCUGGUUCGUUUCUAAAGCGUUACGAUUCAUAACAAAAUUGGGGGCGUGUCCUGGAUAUGAACAGAUUUGGGAGCAUAUUGAUUGAUUAAUUAUUGAUUUCAUUGGGGAAAUCCCUUUUGAUUUAUUUGUGUGUGGAAUAUCAGCAUCAACAGAUGUUGAUAGAUUUCCGGAAGCCUCAACCUCUGAGGCAUUAGAGGAUGCCAGUAGGAUUGAGUUGUUGAGUCUUGGUAAAAGGUGAAAUUGACAAUGAAGAGAGCACAUAUGAAGAGGAUAAUAGCAGAACAUUAUUUACCUGAGGGUGUGUUUAAAGUGGAGGAGUUGGAGGUGUUUUCUGAAAGCAAUCUUAGCGAGCUGGAGGUCCAGUACAAGAUAGAAAAAUUAAAGAUGGAGGCUGCAGAAAGGCAGAGGCAGUUUGAGGCUAGAGAGGCAGAAAAACAGAGGGAGGAAGCAGAAAGACAGAGGGUGUUAGAGCUGGAAAAUAUAGAGAGAUUGCAGCAAAGGGGUCUGGCAUUAGACUCUGGUGAUAAGUUUGAGGCCAGUCAGUAAGUUAAAUUGGUAGAA